AUGAAGGUUAUGAUUAAGCGUGGAAGGCCGAAAUUACAAAUAAAAAAAAGGUAACAUAAAUAUGUAAAUCAUUUUUAUAUGUAAAAUGAUCAUGAUUGUGUUAAGCUUUUUAAAUUAUUUACUAUCCAAGGCAGUUAUAAAGUUAGAAUUUUAACAGGAAAAAAAAAUUAAGGAAUGCCUCAUGCUAAACAAAAAAAUGAAGUUAAGAAAGCUGAAGAAUCAAAUUAUCCUUAAUACUUUUUUUUAGCCACAGAAAAGAAGAUAUUUUCAAUAGAAAAUGAACAAAUAGUAGAUUAUAAUUACUACAUGAGUAUUGAUCCGAAUUAAUUCUAACCCAAAUUUGAACUUCNCCCAACCCCAAACCCAACCCCAACCCCAACCCCAAACCCAACCCAAACCCAAACCCAAACCCAAACCCAAACCCAAACCCUAGCAAAGUUUGAAAGACUUUACUCAAUCAAUUCUUUUGCUAUCAGAAAUCAGAAAAUUAAUUAUCUAUCUAAAUCUCAUUUGAAAAAGUUCUAUAUUUUGAAUUUUACCAUUUCGUUAGAAUUAAUUUAAACAUAUUUAAAAAUCAUACAAUUAAAAUAGAUUAAAUUUAAAACUUGA